AUGGCUGGUCAGCCCCACAGGCCCCAGCAGUUCCUUGGGGCUACAGGGUACCUGAAGCAGGCAGCCAGUGGCAGAGCCCUGGGGCGGCUCUCCCAGUCCAGUCCCACCAUGGACUCUGCAUAUGAGAUGGGCCACAUUCGCAAGCUGCAGGCACGGCACGUGCGGAUGCAGGAGAAGACUUUCACCAAGUGGAUCAACAAUAUCUUCCAGCGUGGCCGGGUGGGCAUCAAGAUCCAGAACCUGUUCACAGAGCUGGCCGAUGGCACCCACCUGCUGCGGCUGCUGGAGCUCAUCUCAGGGGAGGCCUUGCCACCCCCCAGCCGGGGCCGCAUGCGUGUGCACUUCCUGGAGAACAGCAGCCGAGCUCUGGCCUUCCUCAGGGCCAAGGUGCCAAUACCUCUCAUUGGGCCAGAGAACAUCGUGGAUGGAGACCAGACACUCAUCCUGGGACUCAUCUGGGUCAUCAUCCUGCGUUUCCAGAUUUCCCACAUCUCCCUGGACAGGGAGGAGUUUGGGGCCAGCGCAGCCCUCCUGUCCGCCAAGGAAGCCCUGCUGGUCUGGUGCCAGCGGAAGACGGCCGGCUAUGCCUACGUCAACAUCACCGACUUCUCCCGAAGCUGGAGUGAUGGGCUUGGCUUCAGUGCCCUCAUCCAUGCCCACAGGCCUGACCUGCUUGACUACAGCUCCCUGCAACCCGACCGCCCACUGCACAACCUCCACUGUGCUUUCUGCGUGGCUGAGCAGGACCUGGGUAUCGCUCAGCUGCUGGACCCCGAGGACGUGGCGGCCCUGCAGCCUGAUGAGCGCUCCAUCAUGACUUACGUCUCCCUCUACUACCACCACUUCUCCCGCCUGCAUCAGGAGCAGACUGUCCAGAGGAGACUCUCGAAGAUCCUGCUUCAGCUCCAGGAGACAGAAGCUCUGCAGACCCAGUACGAGCAGCUGGUGGCCGACCUGCUUUGCUGGAUUGCGGAGAAGCAGGUGCAGCUGGAGGCGCGGGAUUUCCCAGACACCCUGCUGGCCAUGCGCCAGCUACUGGUGGCCUUUGCCGCCUUCCGCACCCAGGAGAAGCCACCGCGGCUGCAGCAGCGAGGGGCCACAGAGGCCCUGCUCUUCCGGCUGCAGACGGCACUCCGAGCCCAGAACCGCAGGCCCUUCCUGCCUCACGAGGGCCUGGGCCCUGCGGAGCUGUCCCAGCGCUGGGCAGGCCUGGAGCGGGCAGAGGCCUCAAGGAGCCAGGCCCUGCAGCAGAGGCUCCUGCAACUAGAGCGGUUGGAAACCCUAGCCCGGCGCUUCCAGCGUAAGGCGGCCCUCCGGGAGAGCUUUCUGGCAGACACAGAGCAGGUGCUGGACCAGGCCACAGCCCUGCCAGCCAGCCCGGCCACAAUGGAAGUGGCCGCCCAGAGGCUGGGCAUGCUGGAGGCCAGCAUCCUGCCCCAGGAGGGGCGCUUCCAGGCCCUGGCCGAAGUUGCGCACAUCCUCCAGCAGGAGCACUACCACGGCUGGGCAGAUGUGGCCUGCAGGCAACUGGAGAUCACUCAGCGCUGGGAGAGGCUGCUUCAGCGUCUCCAAGGACAGAGGAAGCAGAUGGCAGGCAUGCAGGCUGUGCUGAGCCUGCUGCAGGAGGUAGAAACUGCCUCCAACCAGCUCAAUGAGCUGCAGGUGCUGGCCAGCUCCACGGCCAGUGGGCAGCAGCUGGCAGAGGUAGUGGAGCUUCUGCAGAGGCAUGACCUGCUGGAGGCCCAGCUCUCAGCCCAUGGAGCCCACGUGAGCCAUCUUGCCCACCAGACAACAGAGCUGGACUCUUCCCCGGGCACUAGUGUGGAGGUGCUGCAGGCCAAGGCCAGGGCACUGGCCCAGCUCCACCAGAGCCUGGUGUCUCUUGCCAGGUCCCGGAGGGCCUUGCUGGAGCAGACCCUGCAGAGGGCAGAGCUCCUGCACGACUGUGAGGAGGAGGAAGCCUGGUUGAGGGAGUGCAGACAGCUGAUGGAGGAUGCAGCCCUGGGCAAGGAUCUCAGCCAGAUCUCAGCGGCUCUGCAGAAACACAAGGUCCUGGAAGCUGAGCUCUGCCGCCGCCAGGCCUUGUGCGCUGAUCUCAUGCAGAGGGGACGCGACCUGAGUGCGCACGGGCCCCCAACGCGGCCGGAUCCCCGAGAGAGGGCCGAGGCGGUGCACGGCACGUGGCAGCGGCUCCAGGCCCUGGCGGCGGGGCGGGGCGCGCGGCUGCAGGCAGCGCUGCUUGUCCAGCAGUACUUCGCUGACGUGUCAGAGGUGGCCACAUGGCUCCGGGAGCGGCGGUUGACGCUGGAGAGCUCGUCUUUUGGGCAGGACCAGGCGGCCGCCGAGGCCUUGCUGCAGCGCCAUCUGCGGCUGGAGCGCUCCUUGUGGGCCUUCGGGGCCGAGCUGCGGCGACUGGACGAGCAGGCGCGGGAGGCAGCGGCCCGGGCGUCACUCCUGGUGGUGUCUGCCCUGAGCUCUCCAAGGGAAGGCCCAAGAAACCCAGUGGCCUGGCAUGAGGUUUCCUGCUACUCUGGCCCCCGGGGCAACCAGGAGAUGGUCCUCACAGAUGAGCCUGACCCAGACUUUGACCCUAACACCAUCCUCCAGACACAGGACCACUUGAGCCAGGACUAUGAGGGCCUACGGGCUCUGGCAGAGCACCACAGGGCCCGGUUGGAGGAAGUGGUGGCCCUGUUUGGCUUCUAUGGCUCAUGUGGGGAGCUGCAGUCCUGGCUGGAAACCCAGACAGCCCAAUUCCGAAUGCUGCGGCCCCAGGCCGACAACUUGGAGGUCAUGCAGCUCAAGUAUGAGAACUUCCUCACUACCCUGGCUGUGGGAAGAGGCCUCUGGGCUGAGGUUAGCAACUCCGCUGAGCAGCUGAAGCAGAGAUGUCCUGGAGACUCCCCCCAAAUCCAGCAAAAGCAGGAGGAACUGAGCCAAAGGUGGGAGCAGCUGGAGGCCCUGAAGAAAGAAAAGGAAACACAGCUGGCAUGCUCCAUGCACAUGUGCAGUUUUCUGCAGGAGUGUGGAUCCACACGGGUCCAGCUGCAAGACAUGAUGCUCCAGCUAAAAACCCUGGAGCUGGGGCGCUUAGAGGACAGCCACCACAUCCUGCAAGUGGACCGGCAGAAGAUGCUAGCGCUGGAGAGAGGCAUUCACUAUCUGCAAAGGGCAGCGAUCAAAGUCAAGGAGUUGGGCCCCGCAGAGAGCCAGUCCCUAGAGGGACAGGUGGAGGCGCUGCAGGGGCUGCUGGAGCAAGUGCAGCAGCAAGGGGCCCAACGGGCCCGGGCCCAGGCCGAGGCGCAGACCCGCCAGACCUUCCUGCAGGACAGCCGGCGACUGCUGCUGUGGGCGGACAGCGUCCGGGCUCGGCUGCUCAGCGAGGAGGAUGCAGCGGACGUGGCCUCAGCCCAGCGGCUGCUGGGGGAGCACCGAGACCUGCUGGAGGAGAUCCGCCUGCUGCAGGAGAGGCUGCAGCAGCUGGAGGCUCAGGGCCAAUGCAUGGCAGCCUCAGACUCUGCAGACUCCCGAGAGGUGGCCAGUGCUCUAAGGCUCCUGGGCCAGCAAAGCUGGGGGUUGAAGGCCGCCUGGGAGCAGAGACAGCAGCAGCUGCGCGAGGGGCUGGAGUUGCAGAGGUUUGGUCGAGAAGUAGAUGGUUUCAUUGCCACCUGUGCCAACCAUGAGGCCAACUUCCUACAGCUGGACAGCCUUGGGGAGGACGUGGGGGAGGCCCAGAGCCUGUUGCAGCGGCACCAGGAGUUUGGACAGCUCCUGGGUGCCCUUGGCCUUCGGGCAGAGGAUCUACAGGGACGGGGCAAGAAGCUGGCUCAGAGACAACAGCCUGCUGCUCACAAGGUCAGAGAGCAGCUGCGGAGGGUCCAGGUGCAGUGGAUCAGGGUCCAGGAGCGGAGUGAGCAGAGGAGGAGGCAGCUGCUGGCUUCCCUCCAGCUCCAGGAAUGGAAGCAGGACAUGGCGGAGCUGAUGCGAUGGUUGGAGGAGAAGGGGUUGAUGGUGGCGGACAAGUGCUCCCAAGAGCCUGGCAACAUCCUGUGGAAACUCAAGUGGCACGAAGCAGUUGAGCGCGAGCUGCGGGCCACCCGUGGGCACAUGGAGGGCCUGCAGCAGGUCGGGAGAGGGCUGUUGAGCAGCUGGCCCCAUGCCCAGGAGGACGUGCAGGCGGCGCUCCAGGGCCUGAGUGGCAAGUGGGAAGAGUUGCACCGCAAAGUGGCGGAGCUUGGGAAGCAGCUCUGGCAGGCUCGGCGACAGGACCAGCUCCUGGGGCUGCUGCAGGAAGCCAAAGAGAAGAUGGAGCAGCUAGAGGGGGCCCUGCAGAGUGCAGAAUUGGGGCAGGACCUGGGCUCGAGCCGGAGGCUGCAGAAACAGCACCGCCAGCUGGAGGGCGAGAGCCAGGCGCUGGCCAGCAAGAUGGCUGCCCUCGUCUCCCAGGCCCACCAGGUGGUUAAGUCCCAGACCAUCGUGGAGGAAACCCAAAAGUACCUCCAGAGGUUCGAGUCCCUGCAGGGACAUCUGGCCGCCUGGCGAAUACAGCUGCAGGCCUCGGUUGAGCUGUGUCAGUUUUACCACCUGAGUGACACGGAGCUCACAUGGGUGGCAGAGCACAUGCCAGCACCCAGCGCCAGCUCUGCCAAAGACUUGAAUGGUGCCAACAGGCUUCUCCGCAAGCACAAGGUACUCUGGGCAGAGGUAAAAGGCCACCAGGGACACCUGCAAUGGGUGCUGGGUUCUGGGCAAAGCCUCGCAGCCUCGGGGCAUCCCCAGGCCCAGCAUAUCAUGAAGCAGUGCCAGAAGCUGGAAGGCCGCUGGGCAGAGCUGGAGCAGGCAUGUGAGGUGCAGGCCCAGCGCCUGCAGCAUGUUGUUGCUCUCCAGCAGUAUUUCCUGGAUGUGUCAGAGUUGGAGGACUGGGUGGAGGAACAGUGGCCGCUGGUGAGCGGGCAGGACUACGGCGGGGACGAGACAGUCACCAUUAGGCUCAUCAGGAAGCACCAGGCCCUGCAACAGGAACUGGCUCAUUAUUGGAGCUCCCUGGAGGAGCUUGAACAGAGGGCCCAAACCCUCACCGGCCCUGAGGCCCCUGCGCAGCUAGGCGUGGUGUGGGAGAGGCUGCAGGAGCGGCUGCGGGCACUGCAGGAGUUGGCGGCCAUACGGGACCAGGAGCUGAAAGGAACCCUAAAGCUGCAUGAGUUCAUGAGGGAAGCCAAGGAGCUACAGGGCUGGCUGGUCAGCCAGAAGCAGGCAGCCAGAGGAGGAGAGAGCCUUGGGGAGGACCACGAGGACGUCCUGCGUCUCUGCACCAAGUUUGCGAAGUUUCAGCACCAAGUGGAGCUGGGCGGCCGACAGGUAGCAACCUGUCAGCAGCUGGCGGAGAGCCUGCUGGAGCAGGGGCACAGUGCUGCCCCCCAGGCUCGGCAGACGCAGCAGGAUCUGCAGGCUGCCUGGUCGGAGCUGUGGGAGCUGACCCAGGCCCGUGGCCGCCGGCUCCGAGAUGCUGAGAUCACCCUCAAAGUUCACAGAGAUCUGUUGGAAGCCCUCACCCAGGUCCAGGAGAAAGCCACCAGCCUCCCCUGUGACGUGGCCCAGAACCUGUGUGGGCUGGAGGCCCAGCUGAGGAGGCACAAGGUGCUGGAGCUUGAACUUGUGGGCACUGAGCAGCAGCUGCAGGAGCUGCUGGAGGCUGGAGGCACCGUGCAGAAGCUGGGCCCCAGGCCUCAAGCCCACGCGGUGCAGCAGAGGCAGCGGGCUCUGGUGCAGGCCUGGGAGGCCCUGAAGCUGCAUGUGGAGCAGCGCCGGGCCCGGCUAGAGCGGGCAGGGCUCCUGGCCCACUUCCACACAGCGGUGCAGGACUACACCUCUUGGGCGGCCAGCAUGUGGCAGGAGCUGCAGGUGGAGGAGAGCUCCCAGGAGCCCAGCAGCAGCCUGCUAAAGCUCAGCACCCACCACCAGCUUCGGGCAGAGCUGGAGGCCCAGGAGGAGCUGUACCAGCGCGCCGCCCAGCUGGGCCAGCAGGCGCUUCUGGCUGCCGGGACUUCCGGCAAGGAGGUCCAGGAAGGGCUGCGAGCCCUGCGGGACAAGCGAGAGCAGGUGUUCCAGGCCUGGGAGCAAAAGCAAGAGAGGCUGCAGGCCGUGCACCAGGAGCAGCUCUUCCUCAGAAAGUGCAGCCACCUGGACCAGAUCCUCACCGCCUGGGAGGUCAUCCUGAAAACCAGUGCCCUGGGGAGCUCAGUGGAAGAGGUGGAGCAGUUGAUCAGCAAGCAUGAGACCUUCCAGAAGGUGCUGAUGGCCCAGGAUGAGAAGGAGGCAGCUCUGCGUGAGCAGGCGAAGAUGCUUGGGGGCCCCAGGACGCAGGACAUGCUCCACACAGUGCUGGAGCACCGGGCUCGGGUGAAGAAGCUGGUGGAGAGCCGGGGACACACCCUGCACACCUCCCUGAUGAUGGGUGCCUUCACCAGGGCCACCACCCAGGCUGAGGACUGGAUCCAGGAGCGAAUCCAGUGGCUGAAAGAGCCAGUCCCUCCUGGGGACUUGAAAGAUAACUUGAGGCACCUGCAGAAACACCAGGCCUUUGAGGCUGAGGUCCAGGCCCAUGAAGAGGUCAUAACCUCUGUUGCCAAGGAGGGCGAGGCUCUCCUGGCACAAAGCCACCCUCGGGCGGGAGAGGUCUCCCAGAAACUGCGGGAGUUGCAGGAGCACUGGGAGAAGCUUAGACAGACGGUGGCUCUCCGGGGCCGGGACCUAGAGGACAGGCGGAACUUCUUGGAAUUCCUGCAGAGAGUAGAUGGUACAGAGGCCUGGAUCCAGGAGAUGGAGGUGACGGUGGACGUCGGCGACCUGGGCCAGGACCUUGAGCACUGCCUGCAGCUCCGCAGGCGGCUCCACAAGUUGCAAGGAGUCUGGGCCGGGGACACGGUGGAUGACGCCCGCAUCAGGAUUAUCAACGACUUGUCACUACAGCUCAAGAACCGGGACCCCAAGCAAGUCAAGACCAUCUGCCAGCGGCGACACCAGCUCAACAGCAGGUGGAACAGUUUCCAUGGCAACCUGCUCCGGUACCAGCAGCAGCUUGAAGGGGCUCUGGAGAUACAUGCAUUGUCCCAAAAGCUGGGUGACAUCACUGAGCUGAUUAGGGAGAAGGCCACCCUGGUCCAGACCCUGGACUACGGGAAAGAUCUGGAGGGUGUGCAGAGGCUGAUGCGGAAACACGAGCAGGUGGAGCAGGAAAUGGGCCUCAUCCAGGAACAAGUGGAGCCCCUAGAGCGUGAGGUGGGCCGUCUCUGCCAGAGAAGCCCUGGGGCAGCCCACAGCCUCAGCCUCAAGCAGCAGGAGAUGAUGGACAGCUGGUGGCAGCUCCGGAGCAGGGCCCAGAAGCGGAAGGAGUCGCUGGAUGCCUUGCACCAAGCUCAGAAGCUGCAGGUGAUGCUGCAGGAAUUUCUGGUCUGGGCCCAGAGGCUGCGAGCUGACAUGGAUGCCCGGAGCACCCCACGCAGCCUUGCGGAGGUCCAGCACAUGCUGCAGGAACAGCAGGAGUGCAAGGCCGAGCUGGACUCCCGAACAGACAGCAUCAGCCUGGCCCGAAGCACCGGGCAGCAACUGCUUGCCACCGGGCACCCAGCCACCCCCGACAUCCGCCAGGCCCUGGCUGGUUUAGACCAGGAGCUGAACAGCCUGGAACGGGCCUGGCAGGACCACCAGCUCCAGCUGCAGCAGGCUUUGGAGCUGCAGCUAGUUCUGAGCUCUGUGGAGCAGAUGGAAAGUUGGCUCUGCAGCCAGGAAGACUGCCCAGCCAGUGAGGGUCUAGGGGACUCCCCGGCCAACGUGGAGACCCUGCUGUGGAAGCACAAGGUGCACGAACGGGAGCUGGAGGCACGGGCCGACAAGAUCAGCGCGCUGGAGGCCACCACCCGCAGCCUGCUCCAGGGUGGACAGCCCGAGGCCCAGGGCGCCCUGGGCCGGUGCCAGGCCAUGCUCCUGAGGAAAGAGGCACUCCUGGAGCGAGCCAGGACCCGUCACCGCCAGCUGGAGGAGCUCAGGCAGCUGCAGGCUUUCCUGCAGGCUUUCUACGAGGUGGCCACAUGGCUGAGGGAGAAGAACCUGGUGGCCCUGGAAGAGGGCUGGCAGGACCCAGCCGGGCUGCAGGCACAGUGGCGGAAGCAGCAGAAUCUCCAGGCCAAGCUGGAUGCGGGUGUGCACCACCAACAAAGGCUGCAGACGGAGGGGCAGAGGCUGCUGCAGGAAGGCCACCCGGCCUCGGAGACUAUCCAGGAGCGCCUGCAGGAGCUGAGAAAGCUCUGGGAGGAGCUGCAGGCCAACUGCCAGAGGAAGGCAGUCAAGCUACAGGAGGCCCGUGAGGCCCAGCGUCUGCGGCGGAGUGUGGAGGAACUGGAGAGCUGGCUGGAGCCCGUGGAGGUCAAGCUAAGGGCCCCCAUCGGGGGCCCGGACCAGCCUGGGCUGGACGAGCUCCUAGGGGCACAGGGAGAGCUGGAGGCAGCAGUGGACAGGCAGGCCGGGUGGGCACAGGCCCUGCUGGGCCAGGCCCAGGCCUUUGUGCGGGAAAGCCCCAGCCUCGCCCAAGACUUGGAAGAGCAGUUCCAGCGGCUGCUUCAGAGGUUCGAGGGCCUGAGGGAGCCCCUGCGGGAGCGCAGGACAGCCCUGGAGGCCCGGAGCCUCCUCCUGCAGUUCUUCAGGGACGCUGAUGAGGAGCUGGCCUGGGUGCGGGAGAAGCUGCCCCUGGCUGCCUCACGAGACUGUGGCCAGAGCCUGAGCACCGUGCGGCACCUGCAGGAGAAGCACCAGAACCUGGAGAGUGAGAUGAGUAGCCGCGAGGCUCUGACCCGGGCAGUGCUGGGCACAGGGCGCAAGCUGGUGCAGGCUGGGCACUUUGCCGCCCGCGACGUGGCUGCCCGGGUGCAGCAGCUGGAGGAUGCCGUGGGCCGCCUGCGGGCAGAGGCUGCACAGAGGCGGCGGAGGCUGCAGGAGGCUCAGGAGGCCCAGCAGUUCCUGACAGAGCUCCUGGAGGCAGAAUCCUGGCUGGAAGAGCGGGGCUGUGUCCUGGACACGGAGGAGAUGGGCCAGAGUGCCGAGGCCACUCAGGCCUUUCUGCGGAGGCUGGACGCCACCAGGAGAGAGUUGGAGGCGUUCAGUCCUCUCAUCGAGAGGCUGCAGCAGAGAGCUGCCCUCCUUGAGAGCAGGCCGAACCCAGAAAGCCCUAAGGUGCUCGCCCAGAUGCGCGCAGUGAGGGAGGCCCACUCGGGGCUGCUGCAGAGAGCGGAGGGCAGGGGGCAAGGCCUGCGGGAGCAGCUGCAGCUCCACCAACUGGAGCGGGAAGCCCUGCUCCUGGACGCCUGGCUGGCCAGCAAAGUGGCCUCUGCUGAGUCCCAGGACUAUGGGCAGGACCUGGAGGCCGUCAAGGUGCUGGAACAGAAGUUUGAUGCUUUCAGAAAGGAAGUCCAGAGCCUGGGGCAGGCCAGGGUGCAGGCCUUGCGGGAGCGGGCAGGCUCCUUGGAACGAGCAGCACCCAGGUGCUCUCCCCAGAUUCAAGUGCACCGGAGCCGCGUCGAGGCCGCUUGGGAGAGGCUGGACAGGGCACUGAAAGCCCGCACACAGAACCUGGCUGCAGCCCGGGAGGUCCGCGGCUUUGAGCAGAUGGCAGCCGAGCUCCGGGGCUGGAUGCAGGAGAAGGCCAGCCUGAUGGCAGGAGAUGCCUGUGGCCACAGCCUGUCGUCGGUGCAGACCCUGCAGCAACAGCACAGAUGUCUGGAGAGGGAACUGACAGCCUUGGAGAAGAAGGUGGCACAGGUGCCGACCGAGGCCUGCCGGCUGGGCCAGCUACACCCCGAGGCUCAGGAGGGCCUGGCCAAGCAGCUGGCUGAGGUGCAGAAGGCCUGGGCCAGCCUGAACGUGAAGGCCCAGGAGCGGGGUCAGCAGCUGGAGCAGGCUGCCCAGGGCCACGCCUUCCUCGGACGCUGUCGGGAACUGCUAGCAUGGGCUCAGGAGAAGCAGGUGAUGGUGUCUUCAGAGGAGCUGGCUGGGGAUGUGACUGGAGCUGAGCAGCUCCUGGAGCAGCAUGAGGAGCUGGGGCGAGACAUCAAGGAGCACUGCCUUCAAGCCCAGAAUGUACGGCAGGAAGGGCAGCAGCUGGUGGACAAUAGCCACUUCAUGUCCCUGGAGGUGACCCAGUGUCUGCAGGAGCUGGAAGGGCGGCUGCAGGCGCUCGAGGAGGCCUGGGUCCUGCGCCAGGGACGCUGUGAGGAGAGCUGGCAUCUGCAGAAGCUGUGGCAGGGGAUGGAUCAGGCCGAGGCCUGGCUGGCCUCCCGGGAGGGCCUCCUGCUGGACCCCAACUUCGGGCACUCAGUGUCAGACGUGGAGUUGCUGCUCUGCAGACACCAGGACUUUGAAAAGCUGCUGGCUGCCCAGGAAGAGAGGUUUGCCCAGCUUCAGAGGAAGGUGAGGAUGGACCAGAAGCUGCUGCAACAGGUGAAAGGGCUGCAACCCGAGAGGCUUGGCAGUGGGCUAACCUCCCUCCAGCAGAGUUUCUCAGGAAGCUGGUGGCCUGGAGCACAGCUGGCUGGGACAAGGGACCUGCAGCCAGACGAUGCAAAGGGUACCCCCACCACGGAGGGAUCUUCAGGGGAGCUUAAGUAGUAGCUCCUGCCGUGGGGGAGGAAGCCUAGCCUGAGCCGCCGGCACAGCUGCCAUGGGGCCUUGGGGGACAGCUGCCGGAGCCUGUCCUGGGAUGAGAGGGCGGUGGCAGAGAACGUGGCUUCCACAGCCUCCUUCGACCUCAUAGAAGCCCAGUGUGAGAGGCCAAGGGACCACUAUGACGGAAAAGACACCUCCUUAAGGCUGUCUGGGAUGGAGACCCUAUUCGCAGCACCAUCUGAAGGGCAGGCUGAAAGCCGGCAUUGCGCCCUGAGCAGCACGGCAGUUCUGGACGUUGAGAAGUCCAAGGACAAGGCGCCGGCAGGCUGGGUGUCUGCACCUAGUCUGAGCCCAGAACUUCGAGCUGGACCCCUGGGCUUCCCGGCUGAGCAGGCUGCUGCGAGGGGGCCCAGCACGGCCGCUCCGCUCAGGUCUGGGCCCUGAAGCAAAAACCCUGUGGCACCAAACCUGAGGGCUACAAGUGAGGACACCCAUGAGGGGACCAGGAGACUCAGCUACCAGGCCCCUCAGGACCAACUUCUGGAAUAGACAGUUCCU